AUUUAUUCCUGAUGAAUUACACAUAUGGGAGGGAAACUGGCACUUAAUUUCCACCGUGAGAUAGACGAUGCUGGCGGCUGUGCUGGCGGCGAUGAUGGCGAGGGUUGCUUAAUAGAGCCGAGAGUGGACAUUUUUGCCUCAGAGUGGUGGAAAGGCUAAAUGAAUCCAGGCCGUCGGUCUGUGUCUGUGUGUCUGUGUGUCUGUGUGUCUGGGUGUGUUUGGAUAGUAGCCCAGCCAAUCAGCCAAUCAGCCAACCGGCUAGAGCCAUGUUCUCGUUCAGCUGGGGAAAUGGAUGUCAUCAAUUGGAGCCGCCGAGACAAUGCGGAAAGCGGGACACUUGGAUGGCAAGUAAUUUAUCGCUAUAGAAGAUGGGCUUACGGGGAGCUGAACAAGAGAGAACUGAUGCAAGGGAGAUGGACAAAGAGCGGCGUAGAGAGUGAGUGAGGGACGGGCAAAGGCAGAGAGCAUAAUAGGCCCAUCAUAUCAUGCAACAACAACACACACACCCACACUGACACACACGCACUGCACACACACGCCAUGCCGUCCCGC